AUGCGGGGAAGACUAGUUGUUGAUCAAAAACUACUAAAAGAACAUUAUUUAAAUAAUCAACGAGGUGGUAAUAUUGCGGGAUUUCGUGGUGCACGCAUGCAGAGGGGUUAUGGUAUUGGUGGAAUUUUCAAGAGCAUUGCGAGGUUUGCUAUUCCGCUUUUUAAGCAAGGAGCAAAAGCGGUGGGUAAAAGGGCACUACAAGCGGCGACAGAAGUAGGUCAGGAUGUACUUCAAGGAAAGAAUAUUUCGAAGUCAAUAAAAGCCCGUGGGAAACAAGCUGUCACUGAUGUCGCCGAUAAAGCUGUCAAGAAAUUGAUGACUGGUAGUGGACAGAAAAAAGAUUCGUGUAUGUGUUCCAAAUCUGAACUUGAACUAUUUUCUGUACCACCGACGCAAGUAGAAAUGGAAAAAGGAUUUUGGGAGGAUAUUGAUCCUGUCACAAGCAUAACAGCCUCUGACACAAUUGAAUUCCUUUGCGCAGCAAACUCCGGAGUUUAUAUCGAUUUAGCAAACAGUUACCUACACGUUAAAGCAAAGAUUACAAUGCCAGAUGGUGCAAACGUUGCUCAAGAUGUCCAGGUCGGUCCUGUGAACCUAUGGAUGCAUGCACUGUUCUCACAAGUAGAAGUGUUCCUAAACAAUAAAUUGGUAACACCAUCCAGCACGGCCUAUCCUUACCGAGCUUAUAUGGAAACUAUCCUGAACUUUAGCAAGGAUGCCAAGGAUUCUCAUCUCACCUCUGCUUUAUUUUACAAAGAUAGUGCGGGAAAAAUGGACAAUGUAAACCCGCUAGCUCUUCAAGCAGAUGUGAAUACAGGUCUAAAAGAACGUCAUACACAUACUCGUGGGAGUAGAUCUGUUGCUAUGGAAGGCAGGCUACAUUCGGAUCUAUUCGCACAAGAGCGCUAUAUUCUCGGGGCUGUUCCAAUAAAGAUUAAACUGGUUAGAUCACGAAACCCUUUUUGUCUAGUCUCAUCUGCUGAGGACCCAAGUUUCAAAGUAGUUAUUGAGGAAUGUGUAUUUCGCGUGCGACGCGUCAACGUAUCGCCAAGUGUAAUAAUAAACCAUUCCCAAGCCCUACAACAUACGACGGCCAAAUAUCCGAUCAAUCGCGUCGAAUGUAAAGUUGUCACUGCCCCCCGAGGAAACAUGUCGGGAAAUCAACCCAAUAUAUUUCAAGGUAUUCUACCAAAUCGUAUCGUUGUUGGUAUGGUCGAUGCAGAUGCGUUCAAUGGUAAUUAUGCAAAGAACCCGUUCAACUUCAAGAACUACGACAUCACAAAUUUUGGGCUGAAUGUAAACGGUGAAAACCUACCUGGAAAACCAUUUCAACUAAAAUUUGCGAGUGCAAGAGGAAGUAACUACAUUUCAGCGUUCCAAACACUGUACGCUGGGACACAUAAAAUGUUUGAAAAUCAGGGCAAUGGUAUAACUCGUGAAGAAUAUGCAGACGGUUUUACACUGUUUGUGUUCGAUCUCACUCCAGACCUGUGCCUUGGUGAUCAUGCACAACCAAUUAGAAACGGAAAUGUCUCGAUCGAAUGCCAGUUUGGAACGGCCUUGGAGGCGGCUAUAAAUAUUGUGGUGCUUGGUGAAUUUCAAAGUCUUAUCGAAAUUGACGCGAACAGGAACGUGCUGUGUGACUUCACUAACUGA